AUGGUAAAACUCACACCGAGGCCGUAUCUACGGCAGUUAGCAAAGGCCAUUGGGAAUCAAAAAUUAAAAUCCCUACCGUAUCUUUUUCCUUACACCAAAGAAUUGGCUAUCGCAGAUGCUACACGAUUCAGUGAAAUCUAUGCGAGAAAGGUGAGGACGAAGAGUCUUCCUAGUGAGAGUCUGGACAUUGAAGAGGCAUUAUUCUUUCAUGCCGUGGCCAAGAGAACAGAUCACUUGUUUGAUACCGCCAGCUUCUUACGUGAUAGCAUUGAACAUCGCCUAAAAAUAACACCACAUAUGUACUUGAUGAUGCUUCAAGGUAUCGAGCAGUCGAAGAACCGAGGCCUCACCUCGACAGCUGUAUCUCUUUACAUCGAGUUACACAAUGAAAGGUUUUCGAUGACAUCUGAGGAUCGUAACCUUGCUGCCUCAUUGCUAUUAGACAUAUUCAAAGGUUGCAAAAACAUCACAGACCUAUUGCAACUCAAAAUCGCCUACGAAAACCACAUGACUAACUCCGUGACAGACAAGUCUCUUGAAAUACGCUACAUCGCAACCUUCAUCGAAGCUUAUCUCAAUUCAGGACAGUAUACUCGAGCAGUUGAGCUCUUCGAAAGUGGCUUUGCUGACUUGACAAGUGCCCAGUUCUCGACAAACCAGGUUUUGAAACAUCUCCCCAUAAAGCAAAUGUUGUUAGCCAUGAGCCAACACGGCGAUGUUGAAACGCUCACCCGUUGGCUUGAGGUGGUUGUCGAAACUGACCGUUCGUUGUUGGAUUACGAUACAUGGUCGGAAUUCUUGAGUUUAGGACUUUCCCAAAACCAUUACGGUCUUGUAAAGCUUAUCUACUCUCGUUUGGUCAUGCUCGAGCUUGAAGAUGUCUCGCUAGAUGAGGUAAUGUUCUCUAAUAAACUCGAGGAAUUGGAAAACAAGAGCGGCGUUCUUUCUUCCCUUAGCGAGAAGACGUUAACGGAAAUUCUUCAUACGUUGGCAUCAAAUGGUGAUGUAAACUCCACGUUGAGCCUAAUAGAGUGGCACUAUGUUCACAAGAAGCUCAAGGGCGAAAAAGCUCUCACCAAGGAUCUCUGCUUGGAUAUCAUACUAUCAUAUUGUUAUCACAAGGACGACACCCCUAGCCUGGAGAACCUUAGUAUUCAGAAUGUUCUCACUACCAUCAACAAUUUUACUUCUAAGCUUGAUGCCGAGUUUGUCCUAUCAUAUAGGGACAUCUGCGAUGCUAUGUCCUACAGGUUUGUCAGGUACAAUGUGAUUGACUCCAACGUCAAAACGGCAGAUAUCAGGGCUAGAGCUUCUUUCAACAAGGCCCAGGAAUUCGAAGAGAAUGACGAAAGCAAACCUCGUAAAAUACAGAACAAUAAUGUGUACAAUUCGAGACAGGGCAAUAUUCUCAAGAAUUCGGAAAUACUAGACGACUUUGUUAGGAGCAUCGUCAACUACAUCUUGGAGGAGAGGUUUACUAUCAAGACUCUCCGUAUAUUUAUCAACUGCGUCCUUCAUCACAUCAUGAAGUAUCAAAACGCAACUGGCAUGAUUGUUGCAUUGCUGGCAAUGCAUCAAAUCCACCCCAAAAUGGCAUCAGAAUGGCUCGAUAAUGAGCUGUUUGAUAUAAUUAUAAGGACAAUCUCUAAGUCACCAGCUGCGAAGCUUGUGGGUUUUGAGAUGUAUCGUUACAUGAAAAGCAAAUCUUUGGAUAUAACUACGUCUCAUUACAAGGACUUCAUAGCAUCUGCAUCUAAAGGCCCCGAUAACGAAUUAUUGCAACUUUAUCUCCACGAAUUACUGGUUUCCGAAUUCACAACACAAAACUCACAAAACUCGCCUGAUCAAACUGUUCCCACGGCUUACAACGAAGAAGAAAAAGUUGAAAGAAAACGAUACUACGAUAUUGAUAAACGCGACUCUGGAUAA